AUGAUAGCCGAAGACUACGGAAAUCCGCCGGCCGCGUUUCUAUGCAGCAACGAGUUUUCAUCUCAUGUGGAGGGUGACAACGGAAAUGGCCAGAGAACAAGUUCUGGCGCAGGAGGAGCUGGCGACGAUGAAAAAACUCUGUGUGAGUACCCGGUGCUAGCGGUUGUUCAAAAUGCGGAUGACAACGCUUCUACAAUUCUCUCCUAUAACUACAAACCCGCAUACUAUGCCGCCGCGACACAGUCGCCGAG